CUGCUCCGAAGUGGGAAAAUGUGCUGCGACAAGUGGAGCCGCGUGGCCGAAAUGUUUCUCUUCGUUGAAGACCUGGAGGAGGAUUGUAAGAUCCUUUGCCUGUGCUCCAGGGCAUUUGUGGAAGAUCGAAAAUUGUGCAAUUUGGGAUUAAAAGGCUACUAUGUCAAAGGCAAUGGUGACAAUGCAGGAGACCAAGCAACAGAAGAGGAGGAAGGUGGCACGGCAGAGUCACAUGACAGCAAAGGCUUAGGCCUAGAUGAAAGUGAACUUGAUUCUGAGGCUGAACUCAUGAGAAGUAUGGGACUACCACUCCAGUUUGGUGGUGUAUCUGCACAUAAGACUUUUGAGGUGUCUAUGAAUACUAGAAAUAAAGUUAAAGUCAAAAAGAAAAAGAAAAAACAGCAAAAGAAGUACUUGCAUGAAAUUAUGAGAGAAUCUUGGAGACAAGAAUAUGAAGAAGAUGACAUUUUGGCUUCCGAUGAUCCGUCUUCAGUUGAACAGUAUGAGAACACCAAAACAUGUGAACUUCAAACCAAAAAGGACAUUGAAACUGAAAAUCUUCCUGUUGAAAAUACAUUAUGCCCAAAGCUAGAAAUUACAGAGAAGUGGGAAAAGUAUUGGAAUGAAUAUGGCGGAGGACUCUUAUGGCAAAGCUGGCAAGAGAAACAUCCAGGUCAGACACUGUGUUCUGAACCUUGGAACGUUCCUGAUACAAAGGAGGAAUGGGAACAACAUUAUAGUCAACUCUAUUGGUAUUAUUUGGAACAAUUUCAGUAUUGGGAAGCUCAGGGUUGGACUUUUGAUGCCCCAGAAACCUGUGAUACAGAUACUGGUGAGCCUAAAAUAGAGGUUGACGACGAGAAAAAUGAAAAUUGCAUAAAAGCGGACUUAACGUCUUUUCCAUCUUCAUCUAUAACCAUUGAUAGUGAAAGCUCUAGUUCAAGUGAUAAAGAGCAUAAUGAAAUACUUGAUGGAGUUAGUAACUUAAGUCUGAAUUCAGAGGAAGUGGAACAGAGCCGGUUAGAUUCUUCAGUAAGUUACGAUGGAUGUCAGUUGCUAAGUGAAGUCGGCAGCAGCAGAGAAUGCCCUGCUGGCCAAAGUGAACCAUGUCACGGAGGAACCAAGGACAGCAACGUGUCUGGGAACAGAAGCGCAAACCAACCAGCUCAGGAUUCACAGGACUCUUCCGAAGCAAACGCAAUCAGAGAAAGACCACGCUCCAACAGUAUUGAUGGAGACGAGAGUGAAGAAGAUCCACCUGAACAUAAGCCAAGCAAACUCAAGAGGAGCCACGAGCUGGACGUCGAUGAAAACCCAGAUUCAGACUUUGAUGACAAUGGUUCCCUUCUGGGAUUCAAGCAUGGCUCAGGACAAAAAUAUGGUGGAAUUUCAAAUUUCAGUCAUCGGCGGGUCAGAUACUUGCAGAAGAAUGUGAAGUAUAAGUCAAAGUUCCUGGACAUGAGAAGACAAAUAAAUAUGAAAAACAAACACAUCUUCUUUACUGAAGAGUCAGAUAAAACAUUUUUCAAGAAAAGCAAAGCUUUGACUAAGGUAGAAAAAUUUCUAAAAUGGGUUAAUGAACCAAUGGAUGAGGAAGCAUCACAGGAGUCAGUUUCUCAUGACAACGUGCAAGACACGUGCACAAGCAGUGAUUCAGAGGAGCAAGAAAUGUCUGUUAAAAAAGGCGACGACCCACUUGAGACGAGCAGUCAAGAACCUGGAAAGUGUCACGCCGUGUCUUCAGCUGGUGAACUGGAAACAGAAAAAAAUGAAGGAGACAGCACAGUAACAGCUAUUACACAUCAGGAAGAUUGUGUUACUCAGAUUACACCAGACUCUCUACAGGUCGACACUGAAGCUGAAAGUAAAAAGAAGAAGAAGACAAAGAAAAACAGGAACAAAAAGGUAAUUGGCCUGCCUCCCGAGAUAGCUGCUGUUCCUGAGCUGGCAAAGUACUGGGCCCAGAGAUACAGGCUCUUCUCCCGUUUUGAUGAUGGGAUUAAAUUGGACAAAGAGGGCUGGUUUUCCGUGACCCCUGAGAAGAUUGCUGAACACAUUGCUGGCCGGGUCAGCCAGUCCUUCAAGUGUGACAUUGUAGUAGAUGCAUUUUGUGGAGUCGGAGGAAAUACCAUUCAGUUUGCCUUAACAGGAAAGAGAGUGAUUGCCAUUGAUAUUGAUCCUGUUAAGAUCGAUCUUGCUCGCAAUAAUGCAGAAGUUUAUGGAAUAGCAGACAAGAUAGAGUUCAUCUGUGGAGAUUUCCUCCUGCUGGCUUCUCACUUAAAGGCUGAUGUUGUGUUUCUUAGCCCCCCUUGGGGAGGACCAGACUACGCUACCGCAGAGACCUUUGACAUUAGGACCAUGAUGUCUCCAGAUGGCUUUGAAAUUUUCAGGCGUUCCCAGAAGAUCACUAAUAAUAUUGUUUAUUUCCUUCCAAGAAAUGCUGAUAUUGACCAGGUGGCAUCCUUAGCCGGGCCUGGAGGGCAAGUGGAAAUAGAACAAAACUUUCUUAAUAAUAAAUUGAAGACAAUCACUGCUUAUUUUGGGGACCUGAUUCGAAGAUCAGCCUCUGAAUCGUAA